GCAGAUACCGUAGACCAUUUUUACCGUUUCCAAUUGCCUCAGGUUUUGUCACCAGAAACAGUCCCAAAAUAAAAGUUUCAUAAGAGCAGUUAGACCACUUCAGACAUACCAGCUAUGUCGAAGGCAGCAGUAUGCAGCAACUGCGGCGGGAGCGACAUCGACACUGACCAGGCUCGUGGUAAUGCUGUAUGCGUGUCCUGUGGAGCGGUCAUUGAAGAUAACUUCAUCGUCUCGGAGGUAGGCUUUGCAGAGAACACGCUCGGAGGAACGUCUGUGAUUGGGCAGUUUGUCUCGUCUGAAGGUGAUAAGACCCAUACGCUGGGAAAUAACUUUCGACAUGGCUUUGGUAAAGAAUCUAGAACAGUUACACUUCAGCAAGGUAAGAGAAACAUCCAGCACAUGGGAGGUCAGUUGAAAUUAAACCAGCAUCGUAAUGACAUGGCAUAUAACUUCUUCAAGAUGGCCGUCCAGAAGAAGUUGACCCGAGGAAGAAAGACCAUGCACAUUGUGGCAGCAUGUCUGUACCUGGUCUGUCGGCUCGAAGGCACCCCUCAUAUGUUGCUUGAUCUCAGUGAUUUACUCCAGGUUAAUGUGUAUGUCCUCGGUAAGACCUACCUCAAGUUGUGUCAAGAAUUGCACAUCAACGCUCCUGCGAUCGAUCCCUGUUUAUUCAUCCAGAGGUUUGCCCACAAGCUUGAGUUCAGUGACAAGACGGACGUGGUGUGUGAGACGGCUUUGAGGCUAGUAGCCAGGAUGAAGCGAGACUGGAUUCAUAUGGGAAGGAGACCAUCAGGUUUAUGUGGUGCAGCUCUGCUGGUUGCGGCGAGAAUGCACAAUUUCCACAGGACCCAAAGAGACGUCAUCAAAGUGGUCAAAGUCUGUGAUGCUACUCUCAGAAAAAGGUUAUCUGAGUUUGAAGAGACACCGUCUGGCAAGUUGACCAUCGAUGAGUUUCAUAAGAUUGAUUUAGAGGAAGAGCAGGAUCCGCCGUCAUUCAAAAGAGGAAGAAGAAAUGCUAAACUUGCCCAGUUAGAAGAGCUUAGCAAGAAACAGGUGCUUGAAUUAGAAGGAGAGAUUACAACCAUACAGAAUGAAAUUGAAAGUGCUCUUCAUAAAAAACCAACAGAUGCGACAUCGUCGUUAGGAAGAAUACCCGAAGAUAACCAGAGCAAUGCCGAUGAUGUUGAAAAUGCAGAAAACGUUGAACUUCUAAAACGCUUGGAAGAUGACAGCGUGAGACCUCUGGUGGAAGAGGAAGUGAGGUCGCAUAAACAGUCGCAAGUUGCGAGUGAAAAAACUGAAAAUGGAGACUGUGCAUCGACAUCAAAAAGUGAUGAGAAUAAAGGCGUUGAUACUGGAGGUGGAGGGGAACCAGGAGGGGGAGAGGGUGGAGGAGAGAGUAAAGUAGGAGAUGGAGAAAGUGCAGCAGGAGCAGGGGGUGACAGUACUUCAAAAGAGAAAUCCUUACCCACAGACGAUGUAAUCGAUACCCUGCUUGGUGAACCAACUGUAUGGAGCAGUGGAGACAAGGGGCUGAGGCCGUCGGCGUUAUCGUUAGGACUGGAAAACAUCAUCAAAGAGGCUGCCAUUCCAGAAGAAAAAAGUAGGUCCGUUGAGAAUGAUGAUGGAGAGCUGGAUUUGACAGGGAUAAAUGAUCAGGAAAUAGAUGCAUUUAUUCUGAGUGAAAAAGAAGUGACUAUAAAAACCAAUCUCUGGAUGAAGGAGAAUGGAGAAUACAUGAAACAAAUGGAAGAAAAGGAGAAGAGAUUACAAAAAGAGCGAGAAGAACAAGGACUGAAGCCUGAUCAGCCAAAGAAGAAGAGGAAAAGCACAAAGAGGCCCCCCAUCCAGGCCAACACUGCCGGCGAGGCAAUCGAGAAGCUCAUUGUCGAGAAGAAAAUAUCAAGCAAGAUAAACUACGAUGUCCUGAGAGAUCUCACCCAGCCUAGCCAAGCCAAUAAACCUACCCCACCCUCAAAACCAGCAGAGACCCCACCCCCAGUGAACCUUGGCACCCCAUUCAGGGCGGGAGGAGGUACGGGACAGGGGGGCCAGUUGAUGAGGGCAGGGAGUCUGGGUGGGGUGAAGCGACCCAGGCCAACCGUUACACCUACAAGGCCGACUGUCAGAGAGGGACCUACUCAGAAAGCUGUAAAACUGGAGACCAAAGAAGAGAAAAAUCCAAACCCCUUCACCAUCGCGCAGCCUAAAGCCCCCGAUGACAUAGUGGUAGAGUCCGGCCCUGUACAGUACCAUGCAGAGGACGGAAUCCACCAUGAUGAUGAAGGGGAGGACGAGUAUUAUGAUGAGGAAGAUGAGGAUCAUCUCCAAAGUGCUGCUCAGUUGAUGGGACAUAGAGGUGAUGAUGAUUAUCAAGACAACUAUGAUAUGGAUGACCUGGAGUAG